ACGUGCGCGACCCGAAGCACCCUGACUAGCCGCAUGGCUGCGGGCUGUGCGGAAUCGCCGCGGCCCAAGGCGGCUUCCGAGAAGCCCGUGGCGAGUCAGGCCGGGGUCUUGCCCUGCCUGGAGCUGCCGAGCUACGCCGCGGCGUGUGCGCUAGUGAGCAGCCGCUACUCCUGCCUGGUGGCCGCCCCGCACCGUAGGCACAUCGCCCUGUCGCCUCGCUACCUGAGCAGGAAGCGCACUGGCAUCCGCGAGCAGCUGGACGCCGAGCUCCUGCGCUACUCCGAGAGCCUUUUAGGUGUCCCUAUUGCAUAUGAUAACAUCAGAGUUGUGGGUGAGCUGGGAGAUAUUUAUGAUGAUCAAGGACACAUUCAUCUGAACAUUGAAGCAGAUUUUGUUAUUUUCUGCCCUGAACCAGGGCAAAAGUUAAUGGGUACGGUUAAUAAAGUAUCUUCUAGCCAUAUUGGCUGUAUAGUACAUGGGUGUUUUAAUGCCUCUAUCCCUAAACCUGAUCAAAUGUCAUAUGAGGAGUGGCAAACGUUGGAGAUAAAUGUAGGUGAUGAACUGGAAUUUGAUGUAUUUCGCUUAGAUUCAGAUUCUGCUGGAGUUUUCUGCAUUCGAGGAAAGCUAAACGCCACAAGUUUGCAACUUAAGAGUGCUGUAGUUUCUGAAGAUGUAGCAGAAACUGUCAGUGAAGAGGUUGUUGAAAAAAUUUCAAAGAAAAAAAAGAAGAAGAAAGACAGAGAAACUAAUGCGACAGUUGAUAGUGCCUCAGAGCCAGCAGAUGUCACUCCAAUGGACGAAACAGACCUGCUGCGUAGUGAUAGUGUGAAUGACUUAUUUGCGGAAGAGCCAAAGAAGAAGAAAAAGAAGAAAAGACACCAGAAAGAUCAGGACCCCAUUUUCCAAGCCAGUGACUCCAGUGGUUACCAAAGUGACCAUAAAAAGAAGAAAAAGAAAAGAAAACACAGUGAAGAGGCUAAUUUUGAAUCACCUACGCAGAUGCAGUAGAUGAGUAGAGGCUUGGAUGGUAGGAAAUGCCUAGAGAAUUGGGAAGCUCACAAAUAUACUUGAUUUGGAACUGGAGGAUUUUGUAAUGAAAUCAUACAACAGACUAUUAAUUUUGGAUAAUACUAGUAUUAUUAAAGUGUUAUUUUAGUAUAAUUCGGUAUAAAAUGUUAACAAAUGCUUUCACUCCUGACACAGAUGUUA